AUGAGCGGUCGACAUCACAGUAUCGUCGGAACGGGUCCUUUAUCGUCUGCAAACCCACUACCACCACCACCCUCUGUUCAUCCACCUUCCCUCUCGCACGGUCAACCUCACCCCCACGGAUCGUAUCAUCCUCACCACCAAUCUCCGGCGAGCAUCAACGCCAAGGCACAGAGUCGACCUCCUACCGGUAGAUCACCCAUGAUGAGAGGAGCCGCAGCGGGGAAUGGGGGUCCUGCAAGUGGACCCUCGGCAGAGGAACGAGAAAGAGAUGCGUAUUACAGGUCGGAAGCUUAUGCUCGAGAUCGAGAUGUUGCUAGGGAACGUGACAAGGCGUUACAUGCGCGGGAGAGGGAGCGGGAGCGCGAACGCGAUAUGGAUAGAGAGAGGGAUCGGGACCGACAGAUCGAGAGGGAACGGGAACGAGAGCGCGGAGAGAGGACGAGGGAACGUGACAGAGAUCGCGCUCGAGAGAGGGAUCACGUUGCUCGCAGCCAGCAGCAACAACAUAUCAACGGACACGGUCCACCUCCCUAUCACCAGGUUCCGAACGGCCAAUAUCCUCCAGGACCUACCACCCGACACCCGCUCGACAUCAACCACGGCCACCCGUCGUCGCAUCUUCCUCCGCCGCCUCAACCAUCAGGGCCUUCUUCUGCCAUGGACCGGCGUGAAUCUAGGAUUCAUCCUGCUCCCGGACCUCCUCCGCCUCAUCAUCAUCACCACCAGGUUCCAAACCCGAGGACGUCCUCCCUUGGUCCCAACCCGCAAGCGAUGCCAGGUCCUCCCGGCGGACCUGCAGGAUUGACGGCUGCUCAAGUGCAUACGGCCAUCGUCAAGGGUACCGAGGGACCUCUUCAAGCCCUUGCACAAGCCAAUGAGCAGACCUGGUUAUUGAUCGGUGCUGUAUCGGAACAACUUUCGGAUACGACCCGAGCUCUGGUCGCCUACGAAAACGCCUUGCGACACAACCCGAUGAGCGUCAGCGCGCUGACUCAAGUAGCAGGCAUCGCGAGGAGCAAAGAAGAAUUCUCAAAGGCGAUCGACUACUAUCAGAGGACGCUGAAUAUCUCUCCAGAGAACGGGGAGGUUUGGGGAUCUUUGGGUCACUGUUAUUUGAUGACGGAUGACCUGCAAAAGGCUUACACAGCGUACCAACAAGCACUGUACCGUCUGCCCAAUCCCAAGGACUCGAAAUUAUGGUACGGGAUCGGGAUCCUGUAUGAUCGAUAUGGUUCGCUCGAACACGCCGAGGAAGCAUUCUCGAGUGUCCUUCGUAUGGAGCCAGAAUUCGAGAAAGCCAACGAAAUCUACUUCAGGCUGGGAAUCAUCUACAAGCAGCAACACAAGUAUCCCGCCAGUCUGGAUUGUUUCCGAUACAUCUUGGGCCAUCCUCCUCGACCUCUUACGGAGGUCGACAUCUGGUUCCAGAUUGGUCACGUUUACGAACAGCAGAAAGACUAUGGAGCCGCCAAGGACGCUUAUGAGCGAGUUCUCAAGGAUAGCCCGAACCAUGCCAAGGUCUUGCAGCAGUUGGGAUGGUUGUAUCAUCAGGGCGGGGCGAGCUUUGCCAAUCAAGAGCUCGCGAUCAAUUACCUUACCAAGAGUCUCGAAGCUGAUCCUGCGGACCCUCAGAGCUGGUACCUGCUCGGUCGAGCUUUCAUGGGAGGUCAAAAGUUCAACAAGGCAUACGAGGCAUAUCAACAGGCGGUCUACAGGGAUGGAAGGAACCCCACCUUUUGGUGCUCUAUCGGAGUGCUCUACUACCAGAUCAACCAGUACCGAGACGCCCUGGAUGCCUACUCUCGUGCUAUCCGGCUCAACCCCUACAUCAGCGAAGUCUGGUUCGAUCUCGGGAGUCUGUACGAGUCUUGCAACAAUCAGGUCAACGACGCCAUCGACGCCUAUGCCCGAGCUGCCGACCUCGAUCCCAACAACGCUACCGUCAAAUCACGACUUGCGUUGCUCCGGAACGCUCAACGGGAUGGACAGUCUUUGCCGCCUCCUCCGCCUCCUCAGGAUGUUCAUCCUACCGCCUACGCUUCGUCUGUUGGUGCUAGACCCUUCCCAGCUCAAGGUGGACCUGGUGGACAGCCUCCUUACGAGGGUCCUAGCGUCGGUGCAGGACCUGACGGGCAGCCUAUCUUGAGCGGACGAGAUCUGGCCGCUCCUCCCCCUCCCCAGAUGGCGUCUCUCCAGCAGAGUGCGUUCCGAGGUGGUGGUCCCCCUCCCCCGCUUCAGCUGGACGAGGGACGAAACGCGGCCGCUCGAGGCACACCUCUGGCCCCCAUGACCAUGGAUCGGACGCCCAAUAACGAGGGACCGCUAUCCAGAGCGCAAAGUCAGGUUCAGGAUCGACAUCGAGGAGGACGCAUGUCACCGCCGCCUCUGCACGGUCGGACUGAAUCCCGACCUGGAGAAUCUAAUGGUUGGGAUUCUUACUCCCAGAAUGAGGCCGGGAACGAUCGCGAUUUCCGCGAUGGCCGUAGCAACAAGGGUAAUAAAGCCCCAGGACCGGCUGGUUCGUCAGCCUCAGUUCGAGGUUCGCCAGCACCAAACGCUAUCCGAGGCUCGCCCAGCGUCAUGCGCAGCUAUCCAGUGCCGCCAUGGGAAUCGAGGCACGAUCCUAGCGAUCGACGUACCCCCAUGCAAGAGUUUACCGAUAGGCGGGUCUCUGGGAGUAGUGAACAACGACACGCAGGCCCCCUCAACGGUCUCGGUAAGCGUGGCUCGAUAUCACAAAUGCCUCAUCCCGACGAUCCCCGUCGACACGAAGAGCGAGAUCUCCCAAGCCGUCCUAAUAGUCCGGGUCGAUACGCUACUGAAGACAAACAACGUGCUGAACGCGCUUGGCGGGAACAAGAUGCUCGGAUCCGGGACGACCCCAACAGACGAUCUCGAUAUAGCCCGGAACCCGCAGCGCCUGAUUCGGUCGUGUCCCGAGCGGAGGCACAGAGCAUGCAAAGUCCAGCGUCGGUUCACUCGGUCGCCAUGUCCGAAUCUACAAAGAAGAAGCGCAGAGGCAAAGCGGUCACGCCGGACAAGCAGAGUCCUCGAGGCUCGGCCUUUGCGAAGAAGACGGCUGUCGAGACGCUCAACUCUCCCGUUCCGUCGCGGCACGGCGUUGAUGUGGACAUGCGAUCACAACCUGCUCGAUCCCGACCAGCCUCUCCGGCAGCUGUGCCGUCCGCUAUCACCCCGGCCGUCAAGGCCACUCCUGCUCCGAAACCAUCCGGCAGAUUUAUCGAUGAGGACUAUGACGAUAGCGCCGCGGACGCGUUGAUGGGCCUGGCUGGCUACAAGGGAACAAAAGAGGCGAACGGGACUUCGUAUAUUCCCAUCGCUCGAGCCGUCUCGGAAGCACGAACGGAAGCCACCCCUGCCACCAAGAGGUCUGAUGCGCCCCAAGGCCACAAGCGAGCGAUCUCUAGCACGGAGGAUGCGGUCGAUUCCGAUGCGAAGAAGGCUAGGCUCAACAGCCCUGAGAGGGAGAAGCCAGCAUCGCUUGCGCCUGUUGCCCCGAAUUCGAAACCCAUCUCCCCAGCUGCCCCCGCUUUGGAACUCCCUGCGGCACCGACAGAGCCUGUAGUGGACAAAUCGAAAGACACUGUCCCCGUCCAGGAGAAAGACGAGGUGGUCAAAGCGCCCAGUCCCAAGUCGCCAGAGCCGGACGUCAUCACUGAAGCAGUCAGCGGUAAUACCAUCGCUGUGCAAGGACCGCCUGCAGUCGCCGAGCCCGGAUCGAAGGAAGGAAGCUCUGACGAGGCACCUGCGACUGAACCAGCAGAAAAGCCAGUUCCGGCCGAAGCUCCCGCUGCAUCAGCCAAGGUCGACGCCCCAUCCGAAUCGACCCCGGUCCCGGGAUCGACGAGUCCCAAAACCAAGGCGGUCGAGGAAUCGCAAGCCACACCGAUGGAAGUGGAGUCUAAAUAG